AUGCCUGUCCGCUACACCUCCAAAGACGUCAGUCCUGAGCCCUUGGCCCAAGAACUUCAUCUCCAUCCCUCUGGCCGAGUCGCAAAGAACAGAUUUCUCAAGUCGCCCAUGGCGGAGUCGCUUGCGAGCUGGGAUCCCGAGAUCGUCUCCAAGAGAGGAAUCCCGACCGACGAGCUGAUUGAGCUGUACCGACGAUGGGGCGAGGGCAAGAACAAUUUUGGCAUCGUCGUCACUGGCAAUGUAGACAUUGAUCUCACCUCCGUCGGCGGCGCUGCGUCUCCCGGAAUUCCUGUCAAUGCUCCCUUUGAGGGUGAGCGCUUCGAAAAGUUCAAGCAAUUGGCCGCAGCAGCCAAGAGAGACGGCUCUCUGUUCCUCGCUCAGGUGAACCAUCCCGGGCGACAGGUUCCCUACAAGUUCAACCCAGUCGCCAUCUCAGCCUCUGACGUUCAACUCGAUCCGAAGAUGGGAAUGACCUUUGGCAAGCCGCACGCCGCGACAAAGGAGGAAAUCGCCCAGAUCAUCGAGGGUUUCGCCCACGCCGCCGAGUAUCUCGAGAAGGCCGGGUUCGACGGCAUUGAACUGCACGCAGCUCACGGAUAUCUCCUCUCUCAAUUCCUUUCUCGGACCACCAACAAGCGCACCGACGAAUACGGCACUCAGACGGUUGAAAACAGACUCCGUCUCAUUUCCGAAAUCGCAAACGCCGUCAAGGCGCGCGUCUCGUCGACCUUUAUCGUGAGCGCAAAGCUCAACAGCGUAGAGUUCCAGGACGGUGGCGUGACAGCCGAUGAGGCGAGGGAGCUUUGCGAAAGACUUGAAGCGCUGGGAUUCGACUUUGUUGAACUCAGCGGCGGGACCUAUGAGCGCAUGGCAUUGUCGUGGGAGAAAGAGUCGACCAAGCAGCGCGAGGGUUUCUUUCUCGAGUGGGCCGAGACCAUCACCAAAGCGCUUGAUCCAGCGCAUAAAAUGAAGAUCUUCAUCGCUGGUGGUUUGAGAACCGUGGGCGCCAUGGUAGACGCGCUUGACGUUGUCGAUGGCGUUAGUAUUGGACGGCCUGCGGCGGCAGAACCGCGUUUGGCUGGUGAUAUUAUCGAGGGACGCAUCAAGGGCGCGAUCCGACCGACUGAGAUGGUUGAGAAUGAUCUUGGGAUGGGGAUGGGUGUCGCUGGGGCUCAGUUCGCGCAGAUUGCGAAGGGCUUUGAACCGCUUGACGCGAGCAACACUGAAGUUGUGCAGACAUUCGGCCAGGAUAUGGGCGCGUGGUAUGAGAAGCUCGUACAGGAUGCGGACAAGAAUGAGUUUGUUCGUGCCAUUCAGUAUUCGGGACCUCAAGUUCCAUAUGGCACUGUUAAGGCCUGA